AUGGACGACGUGCCGCCGCCGCUCGAGAUGACCCCGCCGGCCAACGCGCCGCCGCCGUCAGACGUGCCUCCGCAGCCCGACGUGCUGCCUCCGCCUGAUGCCGCAGCACACCCUAUUGCUGAGGGGGACUUGAUCGCUACGAUAGAUCCAUCGUAUCUCCCCAACUCUGGGCGUCGCUUCGUCGGCUGCGAGCGAGACGCCUGUGCCGCCGCGCCGGUGGAUGAAGGCGAUCAAGGAUUAGGAACAGCAGGGCCCCUUGCCUUGGCGAUCCGAUCCCGAUCCCGAUCCAAUCCGAUCCUCCAUUCUUCCUUGGGCGGCCCCCCUCAGCUUCCUUCCACAUGGCUCGUGCUCGUCCCCCACCGCCGCCCCCGCCCCCGUCGCUGCAGGGGAACGGGAACGGGAGCGGGAGCAUCACCACCAGAGACGCCCUCGCCUACCUCAAGGGUCGUCAAGGACAAGUUCCAGGAAAAGCCCCACACGUACGAGCAGUUCAUCCAGGUCAUGCGUGAUUUCAAGAGCAACAGGCUCGACAGCGCCGGCGUCAUCGCCCGUGUCAAGACCCUCUUCCACGGCUACCCGGACGGCUUCAACGCCUUCCUGCCCAAGGGACAGUCCAUCAGGCGUCAGGACCUCCUCCUCCACAAGGACAAGGAGCCCGUCGAUUAUCCCAGGGCCAUCAGCCUUGUCAACAGGAUUAAGAGCCGAUUCCAGCAGGAGGAACAUGUCUACAAGUCAUUCCUGGGGAUCCUCAAUAUGUACCGCAUGCAUAACAAGCCCAUCCAAGAUGUUUACGACGAGGUCACUGUGCUGUUCCAUGGCCAUCCUGAUUUACUCGAGGAGUUCAUUCAUUUCUUGCCUGAUACGCCCACGCCUCCUCCGCAGGCAGCCACUACCUCUAAAGCCAGGCAUGAUGACAAGAAUGCUGUUAUGCAUUCUGCUACAAGAGCUCAGACCGUUCAACAGAGGGAGAGAGCUUUUCCAUCAACUGCUGAUUGGGACUCCAGUGUUGAUCGCCUUGAUCUUGAGCAUGAUAUUAAAAAAAGGUGUAUUGAGAAGGAAAAAAUUCGUAAUGCCUGUCGCAGUCAGCAUAGAAGAGGUUAUAAAAGGAAUGAGAAGAAUAACGAAUAUAAAAACGAAGAUUUGUAUGCAGAGCGAUGUGGUCACAAAUCUCAAAGAAAGAUGGAGGGUACUGGUGAUGACACACUAGGUGGUGCUACCAUGUCUCCUUUCUCAUUCAAUUGUUCACACACACAAGAGUUUCAAUUCUGUGAGAAAGUAAAGGCACAGCUAGAGCCUGAAGCUUACCAAGAGUUCUUGAAAUGCCUUCACAUAUACAGCCAAGAAAUUAUUACAAGAAGUGAACUGAAAAGAUUGGUAAAAGACAUACUUCAGCACUACCCGGAUCUUGUGAAUGGAUUCAAUGACUUCUUGGGACACUGUGAAAAUAUAGAUGGCUUUCUGGAAGGAACCUUCAAUAAAAGGCAAACAUCACGGAUGGUUAAACCUGUGGAAAAAGAGAGAUAUAAGGAGCACGAGGGGGAUAGCGAUCCUGAGAAAGAGAGAUAUAAGGAAAGGGAAAAAUCUGAAAAAGUAUUGGCGUUCAAUUCUAAGGAAGGAGCAACUCAUGAAGUUACUGCAUUCCCUAGCAAAGAAAAUUAUAACUUAUGCAAACCAAUAUCAGAGCUUGAUCUGUCAAAUUGUCAGCGGUGCACUCCAAGUUACCGACUUUUGCCUGAAAAUUAUCAAGUGCCUUCUGCAAGCAACAGGACUGACACUGAAGCUUCAGUGCUGAAUGAUCUCUGGGUAUCAGUGACCUCAGGAAGUGAAGAUUAUUCGUUUAAGCAUAUGCGCAAAAAUCAGAAUGAAGAAAGCUUGUUUAGAUGUGAAGAUGGCAGGUUUGAGCUGGACAUGCUGUUGGAAUCUGUUACUGUGGCAAUUAAGCGUAUUGAGAAGUUGGUGGAAAGGAUGGAAGGCAACUCACUCAAACCAGACAGCUCUAUCCACCUCGAUGAACAUUUGACUACUUUGAAUAUGAGGUGCAUUGAGUGGCUAUAUGGUGACCAUGGACUUGAUGUUGUGGAUGUUCUUCGAAAAAAUAUUGGUGUGACAUUACCAGCUAUUUUAACCAGGCUUAAACAAAAGCAGGAGGAAUGGUCAAGUUUCUAUUUCAAACAACAAGACAAGAAGAAUCUGAACACAAAAGCUCUAUUGUCUCAGAUUAAAGAAAUCAGUGAGAAGAAUAGGACGGGGGAUGAUGUGCUACUUGCUAUUACUGCUGGGAAUAGGUGGCCACUAGUUCCCAACAUGUCAUUUGAGUAUGUGGAUUUGGACAUUCAUGAAGAUCUUUAUCAGAUAAUCAAAUACUCUUGCGGAGAACUAUGCAGUUCUUCAGAUCAAGUUAAUAAAGUGAUGAGGAUCUGGACAACAUUUUUAGAGCCUUUGUUAGGGAUUCAUCUUAGGGCUCAUGGUGCUGAAGAUGCAGAUAUGGUGGUAAUGGCUCUAAAAGUGCUGGAGCUGAGUCUGGCUGAAUUUGUGGGUACGAAUGAAACAAUUCCAUCUAUGAGGAGCAGAAAACAUGGGAGGAUGACAUCUUUGUAUGGAGUGGGUGUACAUCCAUUUAAUGAAUAUUCGGGGUCCCACAACAAUUUAAGGCCUGAAAGAGAAGAGGGUGAAUUAUCUCCUAAUGGCGAUUUUGAAGAGGAAAACUUUGGUGUUUUCAAAGAUGAAGCUAUAUAUGGAACUUCUAAACAAAAUGGAGGUUCUACCAGCAGAUCUCUCCAGGGUAGACCUAAGGAAGUUCUCAAGUUUUCUGGCAAGAAUCAUGCAGGUGCAGAAAAUGAAGGUAACGAGAGGGCCCAGAGGUCUGCAGAGGAUAGUGAAAAUGCAUCUGAGGCUGAUGAAGAUGCCUCUGGCAGUGAAUCUGGUGGUGGUGAGGAGUUUUCUCAUGAAGAUCAAGCGGAAGAAGAGGAUGAUAUGGAUCUUGAUACAAAGGUAAGUGACGGUGGAGCAGAGGUAAAUACAGAGGCACAGGGUUUGGAUGGAGGAAUAUCACUGCCAUUUUCAGAAUGUUUGCGAAGUACAGUUAAACCACUUUCCAAGUACGUUUCCACAGCAUUACCAAACCAUGAAGAGAAACUUUCUCAUAUAUUUUAUGGAAAUGACUCAUUUUAUGUUCUGUUCAGGCUACAUCAGAUCUUAUAUGAGAGAAUAUUGUCAGCUAAGACAAACUCUUCUACAUCAGACAAUAACUGGAAAGCUUCAAAGGAUACAAAUUCUCCAGACCAAUAUUCAAGCGACGCCGACCGCGCGGACUCAUGGCUGCGGCGGGGAAGGGAUGCCGCGGCCGAGACCCUCCGUCUGCCGCCGGGCGUCAAAGCUCGGCCUGGCGACGCCCGUACCGGCGUGGUGGUCACCGGUGGCGCCCGCACUGGAGAUCUGGCGCGCGGCGCGACGGCGACGUUCAUGAGCCACUGUGGCUGGAACUUCACCAUGGAGAGCCUCAGCCACGGGAAGCCCAUCCUGGCGUGGCCCAUGCACAACGACCAGCCCUGGGACGCCGAUCUCAUCUGCAAGUACCUCCGCGCCGGCGUGCUCGUGCGCCCCUGGGAGCGGCGCCACAACGUGAACCCCGCGGCCGCGAUCCGCGACGCCAUCGAUAGGGUUAUGGCCUCGGAGGAAGGCGCCAAGAUCCAGUGGCGGGCGGCCGCGCUCGGGGAGGCCGUCCGCGGCGCCGUGGCCGAGGGCGGGUCAUCCCGGUGGGACUUGGACGAGCUCGUCGCGUACGUGACGAGGUGA